CUUCUUUCUUUCAUCACUCAUUCACUUUCUCACUAAUUUCACUGCCCACAGUUUUCUUUCUCUCUCUUAUUCCUCCUUAACAAACAAAACCAAUUUUCUCUUCAAUUUUCUCCAUGGCUUCUUCUUCUUCUAUGGAAAGUGCAACCCCUCAACCUCAACCUCCUCUCUACUUUGAUGAAAAAUGGAAGCUAUCAAAGAAAGAAGGGUCAACAAGAAGCAAAUCAUCAUCAUCUUCAUUCAUCAAAAACACUUCAACAACACAAAGAAAGUGUGCUUUUGCUAGAAAAUGUGCAAGACUUGUCAAGGAACAAAGAGCACGUUUCUACAUCAUGAGGCGGUGUGUUACAAUGCUCAUUUGCUGGCGUGAUUACAGUGAUUCAUGAAGAAUUAUCAAAAGGGUUUAUUAGGAACAAUCAAAGAGCUUCAAAAGUUCUAUUUUUUUAUGCUUUAGAUCCCUUUUGGUGAUUCUCUUAUGAAGCUAUCUUUUUUAUACAUGUACAUAAAAAUAUUAUUUUUCUUAAUUUUCUUAGCUAGAAGUUUUCAAUUUUGAUUUUUAUUUUCUAAUGGGUCAUCUUGUAACCUAUGAUUUUCAGAAAUUAAUAUUAUGUUAGAAUUGAUAAAUUAA